CUCUACAGGUAUGUCCACGCCCUCUACCUGGGCGCCCAGAGCCGUUGGCACGGCAACCGUGAGCGUGGUCACUUCCACUGGAGGUUGAUGUUUGAGUGUGCUGACAUAAACAUGCUGAGGCUGCUGGAGGCCUUCCUGAAGAGCGCUCCUCAACUGGUGCUUCAACUCAGCAUCAUGAUACAUGCCAAACAGGUUCUGCCACUGCAGGGUCUCUCUGCCUCAGCCUCCCUGGUCUCUCUGGCCUGGAUGAUAGCAUCCUACCAGAAGACUCUGAGGGACUCCAGAGAUGACAAGCUCCCGAUGUCCUACAAGGCUGUGAUUGUCCAGAUGCUGUGGCACUUCUUCACCAUCGGGGCCAGGACCAUCGCCUUCGCCCUGUUCGCCUCUGUGUUCCAGCUGUACUUCGGUAUCUUCAUCGUGAGCCACUGGUGCAUCAUGACGUUCUGGAUCAUCCAGGGGGAGACAGACUUCUGCAUGUCCAAGUGGGAGGAGAUCAUCUACAACAUGGUGGUGGGUAUCAUCUACAUCUUCUGCUGGUUCAACGUCAAGGAGGGCCGCACCCGCUUCAGGAUGUGGCUCUAUUAUUCAGUGACUCUGGUGGAGAACGUGUCUCUCACCGCGGCGUGGUACCUUUACCGCGGGCCGCACACCUCAGACUUUUACGCCCUCAUCGUGGUGUGUGUGGUGGUCUGUAGCUAUGCUCUGGGGACCUUCUUCAUGCUGGUGUAUUAUUGCCUGCUUCACCCAGACGGGCCGGUGUUCGGAGCUCAGUGGAGGGGGUGUGUGGAGGAGGGGGGGGUGAUGGUGGAGUCCUGUGUGACCCCAGCCAAGGCCUUCCCACUCCCGCCUCCAGACGUGGUCAUCAGCCCCCCCAGGACCCUAACUAGGACUGCAGGUGCGGACCGGGGCGAGGUGGUACCAGGUGAUCUAGCUGUGUUCCAGGUUAGAUCCAACACCUCUCCGGCCCUGGCCCCUCGGACCCUCAGGACAGAGGGGCCAGUGAUCCGUAUAGACCUGCCCAGAAAGAGGUACCCCGCCUGGGAUGCUCACUUCAUUGACAGGCGGCUGCGGAAGACCAUCCUUGUCCUGGAGAACACCUCCCCGGUCACACCCAGGAUCCAGUACCGCAGUCUGAGCAACCCCAAGGAGGUCAUGGAGUAUGAGACUUCCGUGUAAUGUAAUGUAAUCUAGCUACACUACCUCCACCACACCAGCAGGGGGCUCCACCAGCCAGGUGAAGCGAGAGAACGAACCAUGGUGCUCAACUCUUAUCCUCUUGUGGAAGUAAAUGAAAUGGUGCUUGGAGCCAUCAGUGCACACUAUAAGUGCACCCUACUCCCUCUGUGGGAAGGGGAGAGGACGGGAGUUGAGGGGAGUCGAGAGAAGGAGGUUGAGGAGGCGGUGCUAUUGGAGGACUGUGUAUAGGUGUAAAACAGGUGUCAGGGGUUACAGGUCAGGUGUCAGGGGUUACAGGUCAGGUGUCAGGGGUUACAGGUCAGUAAGUGUACCUGUUUAUGACCAGUGUGGAGCAUUUCCGCUCAGCUGUUGCCGGGCAACACUUUCUGUGUGUACUAUUGGAGCCAAUCGGCUGUAGCCUAGAUCGAGGGUUAGAGGUGAAAGGUCAUCUAAGGUCAUACCAGGUCGUGACCUUAUGGAGAACUGCAGGAGGAGACACUGAAACAAAACAGGACAUGGGACAUGGGUCUCUCAGCACUGAAACAUCACUGAUGAAACAACAAUCAUGUCAAUGAUGAUCCCGAUAAAUGACUGUUGUGGUGCUCAUGAUCAUACAGAUGAAGAUGAUGAUGAUGGUGAUGGUGAUGAUUGUGUAGCCUUGUCCCAGAUAUAUUUGUGCUGUCUUGUCAACUCCUAUGGUCAUUUUCUUGACAAUGACCAUAGGAGUUGACAAUACAUUAUGUUGUUGACAAUGAUGCUCAUGUAGAAAUAACUGGGAAGUAAUGAAAACAGUAACAGUGGUGUGUUGAUGACCUGCUUCUGUGAAUGGAGGUUCGGUUUAGCAAAUUCAAUCAUCCAUUACCUUUAUACCCAUAUUUAUUAUUUUGUUAUUAUUUAUUUUCUUGUUUCUUGUUAUAUUUUUAUAUUGUU